AUGGCAUCAUUUGCUACAUCUGGGAUACUGCCUUGUUUUGGUUUAAAUUCAGAUAUUAAGCCCCGGUUUCAAGUGAGAGUUCGAAGUUCAGGCAGUUUUGAUUCAACAAUAUUGUCAUUUGAUUCGAUUGCAGUCAAUGGAAAGAAGAAUGGGGCUUUGAUUGAUAGAGGCAUUGAGGAGAAAGUGAAGAGUGAGGCUCUUGUUGAUGGAAAGAAUGGCAAGGUGAAGUCUUCAAUUGAGCCAAAAAAGUGGGUUAAAGAUUUUGGUUCAAGAGAUCUGGAACCAUUGUGGGAUGAUGGGUAUGGGACCAAGACCAUCAAGGAUUAUUUUGAUGGAGCCAAGGAGAUGAUUAGGCCUGAUGGUGGCCCGCCGCGGUGGUUUUGCCCCACUGAGUGUGGGAAACCUCUGAAAAAUUCUCCAGUUCUUCUGUUUUUGCCUGGGGUUGAUGGUGUUGGCUUGGGCCUUACUUUGAACCAUAAAGCUCUUGGAAAGGUAUUUGAAGUUCGAUGCCUUCAUAUACCAGUGUAUGAUCGAACACCAUUUGAAGUAGCAUUCUCCCAUGGUGGUGAUCAUGCUAGAAUAGGGCUGGUGAAACUUGUCGAAGAAACUGUGAGGAUCGAGCAUGCCUCGUCUCCUAAUAAGCCAAUAUACCUAGUGGGUGAAUCCAUUGGAGGAUGUCUAGCACUUGCUGUUGCUGCUCGCAAUCCUGAAGUUGACCUUGUACUAAUAGUAGCCAAUCCAGCUACAUCAUUUGGCAGGUCACACCUGCAGUCCUUUCUCCCUAUUUUGGAGGCUGUGCCUGAUCAGUUGCACAACGGGCUCCUCUCUCUUCUUAGCCCUCUUACGGGUAAUCCAGUGAAGAUGGCAAUGGUCAACACUGAAGAUAGGCUUCCUUCUAGAUUGAAAAUUGGAAAAUUUUACCAAAAUCUCAGAUCUUUGCUACAUAGUCUCUCUGUUGUGCCUGACAUCAUUCCAAAGGACACUCUUAUUUGGAAGUUGAAACUGCUUAGAUCAGCUGCUGAUUAUGUUAACGCUUGUCUUCAUACAGUGAAAGCUGAAGUGUUACUACUUGCCAGUGAGAAGGAUUACCUGCUUCCUAGCAGAGAUGAAGCUAAACGUCUUAAAAGUUUGUUACAGAAUUGCACAGUUCGUAACUUCAAGGACAAUGGACAUGCCAUUUUCUUGGAAGAUGGUGUUGGUUUGCUCACUGUUAUUAAAGGUACUAGCAAAUACCGCCUUUCAAAGCAGUUCGAUUUUGUCUCAGACUAUCUGCCACUUAGCACAUCAGAAUUUAAAUCGUUCUUUGAAGAAGCAUAUAGGUUGUUACUUUUAGCUGCUGGUUCCACUAUGUUCUCAACUCUGAAAGAUGGAAAGAUAGUGAGAGGUCUUGCUGGGGUUCCAAAUGAAGGUCCAGUUUUAUUAGUUGGUUACCACAUGCUGAUGGCAUUUGACAUUUAUCCCCUUGCUGAAGGAUUCUUGAGAGAGAAGAAUAUUAUGCUUCGUGGUAUAGGGCAUCCCGACCUAUAUACAGGAAAGCUGGAGAGUUUAUCUAAUGAAUUUGCUUAUGCUGAUUGGAUUAGAGUGUUGGGAACGGUAGCUGGCACAGCAAGCAAUUUUUUCAAAUUGCUGUCGACAAAGUCGCAUGUGCUUCUUUAUCCUGGGGGUGCUCGAGAAUCUCUGCAUAACAAGGGUGAGGAAUACAAGUUAUUUUGGCCUGAUCAACAAGAAUUUGUCAGAAUUGCAGCAAGGUUUGGGGCCACAAUUGUACCAUUUGGAACUGUAGGAGAAGAUGAUUUAACACAUUUGGUUCUGGAUUAUCAUGACAUGAUGAAAAUCCCUGUAGUUAGCGACUAUAUCAGAGAGGUUAAUAAUAAAGCCACAAAAAUAAGGGACAGUAGCAAAGGGGAGGUAGCCAACCAACCUGUGUACAUACCGGGGGUUUUGCCUAAGUUACCAGGUCGGUUUUACUAUCUAUUUGGGAAGCCCAUACAGACAAAGGGGAUGGAAGAGAUGCUGAAAGACAAAGAAAAUGCAAACCAAUUGUACUUGCACAUAAAAUCUGAAGUUGAAAACAACAUAGCAUAUUUGUUGAAGAAAAGAGAGGAGGAUCCUUAUAGGAGUCUCAUUGAUAGAACAAUAUAUCAGGCAUUGCAUUCUCCUUUGAGUAAUGUUCCUUCGUUUGAACCUUAG